AUGUCGGACAAGGCAAGUUCAAUCUGUUUCAAGCUCAUUGAUGCGGCAGUGCUGAUUGAUUUCUUCCAGUCACAGCAAAAAGGCACCAUUGAGGGCAAACAGCAGAGUAUCGAGGCAGAGUUCGAUGGUUGUGUAAAACAUGUCCAGGGACAAAUUGCUGCAUGUGCUGAGAAACAUGCCGCAGCUAUAGGUGAUAUGCACACAGAUCGUGUCAACGAGCUACGAGGCCUGAUACAAAAACGAACAAGAAUUGAGAAGGAUAUCGUGGAGGCGACUGCGGAGCUUCACGAAGCCUACGAACAGAGCAGAGAACUCUUCGACGCUGUCUUGAAUGCCCGAAUGCAAGAGCACGAGGAGGAUCAAAAGCACAUCGAAGAUAUUACAAAACGGAAAUGGGGACGUGGCAGUGCCUGA